AAGUGGCUUCCAAAUUCAUGCCAGUUUCCAGUUUGAUCAUUGGGGUGGACUUGGUCCCCAUCAAACCCAUCCCCAAUGUGGUGACACUGCAGGAGGACAUCACCACUGAGAAAUGCCGCCAGGCCCUGCGCAAGGAGCUGCAGACGUGGAAGGUGGAUGUGGUGCUAAACGAUGGAGCACCCAACGUGGGAGCCAGCUGGGUGCAUGAUGCCUACUCCCAAGCCAACCUGACCCUCAUGGCUCUGAAACUGGCUUGUGAAUUCCUCUGCAAAGGUGGCUGGUUCAUCACCAAGGUUUUUCGUUCCCGGGAUUACCAACCACUCCUCUGGAUCUUCCAACAGUUCUUCCACAAGGUCCAGGCCACCAAACCCCAAGCUUCCCGCAAUGAAUCUGCUGAGAUCUUCGUGGUGUGCCAGGGGUAUCAGGCUCCAGACAAAAUCGACAGCAAGUUUUUUGACCCCAAAUAUGCCUUCAAGGAGGUGGAGGUUCAGACCAAGUCCAUUAGUGAGCUGGUCAGCAAAAAGAAGCCAAAGGCAGAAGGGUACACAGAUGGUGACAUGACCCUCUACCACCGCUUCACCCUGAUGGACUUCCUCAAGGCACCCAACCCCGUGGACUUCCUCUCCAAGGCCAACGAGAUCACACUGGAGGACGGUGAGCUGGAGAAUCACAGUUCCACCACGGAGGAGCUGCGUCAGUGCUGCAAGGACAUCCGCGUGCUGGGACGCAAAGAGCUCAGAGCUCUGCUGAACUGGAGGACAAAGUUGAGGCGUUUCUUGGCCAAGAAGCUGAAAGAACAAGCGAAGGAGCUGGAUAUCAACCUGAGCUCUGGUGAAGAGGAGGAAAGCAAAGAGGAGGAGAAGGAGAAGAAGACAGCGCCGAGAGCCGCAGCUGAUGAGGCGGUGAAAGAGGAAGAGGAGGUAGAGCUGGCGUUGGCUGAGAUGAAGGCUGAGGAGCUGGCAGAGUUAAAGAGAAAGAAGAAGAAGAUCCUGAAGGAACAACGGAAGCAGCGUGAGCGUGUGGAGCUGAAGAUGGACCUCCCUGGUGUCUCCAUCGCUGAUGAGGGUGACACCAGCAUGUUCUCCCCCCAGACUAUCCACAAGACCCCGCUGCUGAACGAGUUGACCCGGGGGGACAUGGCAUCAGCAGAUGCUCUCCUGGAGAUAGGACCUGGAGAUGAUGACAUUUGCAUCUCAGAUCAUGAGGAAGAUGAUGAUGUGUCCCUGGCCAGUGAUCUAGACCCAGAGGAGCUGGUGGAGAUAGAGGCCCGUCAGCGCCGGCUGGAGCGGGAAAGGCGAGAGCAGGGUGCAAAGAGGGUGAAGUUUAAGCAGAAGGAAGAGGAGGAGGAAGGGGAGGAAGAGGAGAAUCCACUGCUGGUGCCUCUGGAGGAGAAGUCAGUGCUGGAGGAACGACAGACCAGCCUGUGGUUUGGGAAGGACGCCUUUGCUGGCAUCGAGGACGAUGCAGAUGAGGACCUGGAGCUGGGGCAGUCGCAAAUGUUGGCUGAGAAACAGCGCGAGACUCAGAGAGACAAAGCAACAAAGAAAGGACAGAAGAAGAAUGUUCCCCAGGAGGCAGCUCCAGCUGAGCCACCGCCAGCCCCAGACCCAGGACCUGACGCUGGUAAAGCGCAGGAUGAGCAGAGCAGUGAUGAUGACAGCAGCAGUGAUGAGGAGAGGCCACUGACACCGGUGGGGAGAAAACAGGGCCGUGUCGAGCCAUGUGGCUUUGAGGUGGUGCCCAUUGAGGACCCAGUGAAAAGAGCCCGUGUCCUGGAUGCAGAGGGCCUGGCACUCGGCUCUGUCAUUGCCACCUCCAAAAAGGCCAGGAGGGACCUGAUUGAUGACUCCUUCAACAGGUAUUCCUUCAAUGAGAAUGAGGGAGAGCUGCCAGAGUGGUUCACAGAGGAGGAGAAGCAGCACCGGUGCAAGCAGAUCCCCGUGGACAAGCAGACGGUGGAGGCCUAUCGGCAGCGCUGGCGGGAAAUCAACGCCCGCCCCAUCAAGAAGGUGGCAGAGGCCAAGGCCCGCAAGAAGCGGCGGAUGCUGAAGAAGAUGGAGCAGAUGAAGAAGAAAGCAGAGGCCGUGGUGAGCACAGUGGAUAUCUCGGAGAGGGAGAAGGUGGCCCAGCUUCGGCGCAUCUACAAGAAGGCUGGGCUGGCCAAGGAGAAGCGACAGGUCACCUACUUGGUGGCUAAGAAAGGUGUUGGACCUCGAGUGCGCCGUCCUCCCGGCGUCAAGGGCCAGUUCAAGGUUGUGGACAGCCGCCUGAAGAAGGACGUGAGGGCUCAGAAGCGCAAGGAACAGAAGAAAAAACGUCAUAAGUGAUGUGGGACCAGCUCUGUCCUCACUGAGGGACUUGCCUUGGGACAGGGAUGGCUCCUGUCCUCCCACCACGGCUUCAGGAGCAGCCAGCUCACCCUGCCACUGUGCCCCAUCGUGGGGACCAGGCUGUGACUCAGCCACAUGUUCCUGUUGGUGCCUUGAUGUGACAUCGACACCCUUCCUG